AUGGAUCUUGAUAAUUUGGACCUUAAUCGUAUCUAUACUUUUGAGGAAUUCGAGUAUAUAAACGACCAGCCAAAAUACCAUACUUUGGAAAUUAAUGGACAACCUGUUAAUCAUUUUGAGCUUGACAAAAAUAUGGAAGCCGUUGUCUCGGAAAUUGUCAGGCAACUCGGCAACGGAACGAUCCGAGCACCUUCACUCCUAAAGAUACAUAUCGUCGCUUGGCUCAACAACAACUCUGAACCUUCAAGGGUGGCAAGGGUGGCGAGAGUGGUAGACCGUUUACUCCAACGUUUGUUGUUGAGGUUGGGAUACUGCAUUAAAGUCAAAGUCUAG